UUGCGCCCCCCCCCCCCGAAAAAAACUUGAGCCUUUCCUAAACAAAUUCCUACUUACGCAAUCACGUUUAAAUCCCAAAGCGAUUAACAAAAUCGAGAAAUCGAAAAUGAAUCAAAAUAUUUUGAAGUGAAGUUUGUAGAAAAUAUUGACAGUAAAUAUUGCGGGGCAGAGGCUGCAUAAUAUUGUUAAAUUCGACAGUUAUAAAUAGACCGGGGGAGUUAAACAAUUCAACACUAGUAUUUAAAGGAACCUAGUUUUUACUCAAGUGAAACACUAAACAGAGGAGGUGCAUGCUUGAUUCACAACGGUACAUUAACACCUGAAUCUGAUCAAUAAAAAGUGCAGAUAGUAUUUUUUUUCUGACAAUUUCACAGAGAAAACCUGGAUAUUUUUAUCAUUCUUAAUCAGAAGACGCUUUUAAGGCUACCGUUGAAAAAAAUUAAGGGUCGUUCGUAAUUACGUGAACAGUCCCUUUAAAAAAUAUAUUUUCAGUAACACAUUUCUGUAGAGACAAAAUGACGCGAAGGCCCUGUUCAACAUUUGAACAAAUGUUCAAAAAGAAGGUCCUUACUAAGAACACCCUGGCUGAGUCAGUUAAGGAUAACACUGCACUAGAUAUAGCUGCCUACAGAAAAACCUUUGAAAAAUUUGACGAUGACGGAAAUGGAGAAAUAGAUGUAGGAGAAUUCGGAACAAUGAUUCGAAGUUUGGGACUUUCUCCAACAGAUUCGGAGAUUCAGAUUCUGUUUAAUAAAAUGGACACGGAUGAAAGUGGAUUCAUUGAGUUUAACGAGUUCAUUCAUAUCCUGGAUCAUUCCAUCAUGAACCGGACUAGAGAGGACACAAAGGAUAUACUGCUUAGUUCAUUUAGAAAGCUGCAACCGAACAGAUUGAUGAAGGUGAAUGAUCUGAAGAAAGUUUUGACACAAUAUGGAUCUAUGGCCAUGACAGAAGAUGAGAUUUUAGAAUGUUUUAUCUAUAAUAAAUGUUCAGUAAAAAGGUACAUACAAAUUAAAAGAUCCUAGGUAACAUUUUCAUUUAAAAAACAAGGGAAGACGACUUUUACUCCGCCGUUUUCAAGACUGUGCUUCCUUGAUAAGAAAUUUUGUACAUCUGUACAAAGAUAUUGUAAACGUAAUUUCAGAGGACCCUCCAUUUAAAAAGUUUCCGAUUCGUGUUGUAAUGAGGACAUUUUUCUAUCUUUCUACUAAUUUUCAAUUCAGAAAAUUUCCCUCAUGGUCUCCGACAAUUAAAAAAAAAUCAAU